AUGCUUUCCCAAACGCUCGUCACUCUCUUGUCUCUGGCCAUCGCCACCUCUGCCACGCGGAUCCAAAGCGCGAACCCCGCUUUCACCGCCGCUGGCAUCCAAGGAUGUGUCUCCGUGAAAGACAAUGCUGACGGGGCCGCUGUUACCAUACACGACUGCAACCAAAACAGCGGCGACGGCGCCGUCUACGACUGGCAAGUCGCGUUCGCCACCGGGCAAGCCUCCGCCCCGCAACAAAUCAAGGUGUUUGGCGACAAGUGUCUUGAUGUCCAGGAUGGCGCCAACAAGGACGGAACCUCGGUGCAAAUCUGGACUUGCGACAAGAGCAACGCCAACCCCAACCAACAGUGGGUCGCCAACACCGACUCCUCUUUCCGCUGGGGCACCACCAACAAGUGUCUUGACCUUCGUGAUGGCAAGAUCACUGACGGCACACCUCUCCAAAUCUGGUCCUGCUCUGGUGGCCCCAACCAGUCGUGGACUGGCCGCGAUGGCGACAAAUUCGACCACGUACAUCUUUCCCCCUCUGGCAAUGCUGCUGGCGGACCCUUCUGCGUGACCGCGUCGUCCAACAACUUCGAUGCGCCCGUUGCCAUUGCCAACUGCGACAACUUCCAGGCAACUUUCCCCAAGGGCAACACUACCUGGAGCGUUCCCUCCGUUCCUACCACCGGCCUCAUCUCGACUCUGGACGGCAAGUGCCUGACCGUGCCCGGCAGCAACCGCGCCAACGGCGUCAAGCUCACCACCCAGGCUUGCCUGCCCCGCCCUACCAACCAGCACUUCACCUCGCUCCCCUCUGGCCAACUCGAGAGCGCUAACGGCAACGUUCUCCAAAUCUGGGAAUGCGACAAGUCUGGCUCCAACCCGAACCAGAAGUGGAAGCGUACCCAGGCUUAA